AAGAAACUGACUGUGAACUUGUUGCGUUCAAAUAUAUUGAACUUGAAUAUGCUGAAAGUCAAAUUGUCUGAUAUCACCCGCACCUCCGGCAAAUGCAGGUACUGAUGUACUGGCCGUGCCCUCAUAUACAAACAUGAUGGAGAGACAUCUACUCUAUCCAACAUCUUAAAGCAGAAUCUAGAUCCGGACCCUCUGGGAGCUCUGUUUGACAUUACUGAAGGAGACAAUCUUCAUCUGACAUCUGAUGAGCGCUGCAUGGUGGCCUUUGCCUCACUUGGCCAGACGCACAGUUUUGCUCAAAUUGAAGAAUGCUGUCUCGCCCACGCAGUCAGCGGCUCAGAGAAGAAACUCACGGACCCUUUUUAAUAUACUUUCACAACACCCAAACAUCACAACAUCAUUCUAACUCUACCCUUGACAUGAACAAUAAGUCCUGACUUCAUGGCAAUAGCUACAAGUUUAGUUUUUAAAUUUCUUUGUUGACAUUGUCCCUUUAUACUUAUUCCAGAUAAUCCAGAAGGAGGUUAUUAUUGUGAUUUUUGUUAUUUUUAUGUGAUGUCACAUUGGUAUAUAUUUUAUAACAAUGUGGAAUAAAUUUCACCAACCCUGGGUAUUUUUGCUGAAAAUGAAUCAAUCCACUACUUUCUUUAGUUUUAGAGUUUAUUGACAGAUUAUUUUGAGCAUUAGAUGUUUAUAAUGUCAAAGAAUUUAGAAGACAUCAACACGAUAUAUUAAACGUCAUUGACAUUGAAAUCUGAACUGGCAGAGCUUGGAGUUUACUCAACUGACCAACCCUCUCUAUACAACAUCCUCUCCUGUCCACAGGUGAAGAGGAGACGCAGAGUGAACGGGGAGAUGUCUAAGAUGUUUCGUCACAUGAAGGCAUAUGGAGAGCAGCCUGGUAGAGAGCUCUUUUGUCUGCCUUCUGGUCUGGCAACAUUCACAAGCUUUGCUCUCAGGUCAUUGGGUCAGGAAGUGUUUUGCUCAGUGCAGGAGGCUGACUAUGAGAUUGCCAGCUAUGCUCGUCAGCAUGGCUGUAUGGGCAUUCUGGGUCAGGACUCAGACUUCAUCAUAUACGACAGAGCUGCGGAUAGACAGCCUCACCACUGUCAUGUACGACCGACAGAGGCUCUGCCGAACCAUCGGAUUGACCGUUACCCAGCUACCACUGCUGGCCUGUCUCUUAGGUAACGAUGUGGUGUCAGAGGAGCAGAUGCAGCACAUCAGGAACAACGCCAUGACAACAUACAGGACAAACAAUCCCACACCACACUCUGGUGCUCCUCAGGGGCAGAAGGUGCUCGCUGUAUCCCACCUUGUGAGCUCCUUGUGGGGAGGAGAGGAAAAAGAAACUGAGCUCAUUCCUCAGUCUCUGAACCUGUCAGCUCCUCGCAGAGAGCUAUUGAAGAGGGGGGUUCGCUCUUACUUGCUGCCUGGACAGGAAGCUUUUCAGCGAGGUGACAGCUCUGCACUUCCCUCAGCCUUUGAGAAACAUGUUAGUCCAGAAAUAUUAAAGGCCUGCAGAGAGAAGCAUGUAGCCACAGAGGGUUUCAUGGUUUACAGUGUUGUGUGUCAGGGAGUUAUUGAAUGUAGCAACACUCUGGAGGACGAGGAGAACACUGAGUUGCUGCCUCAGGCCCUCGUCUACCAGCCCUGCAGACAGCGCAUCUAUGGGCUGCUGCUGCUGCACGGCCGUGACGACAGCAGUGUCGACCUUCCAGCAGUCAGGGAAUGGUUUGUCUAUCCUGGAAACCCUCUGAAGGAACCUGACAUGGUCCACCCUGUCCCAAUCAGCCUCCCAUGUGAUCAGCCCAGUCUGGACUUGUUAUGGUUCGGCACUGGUCCAGAAGUUUCUACACUUCGCUUGAUGUCCUUCCUUUCAAUCUUUGAUUGCCAGGAGUUCUCCGACUUGUCUGGAGGUAUUGAAGACUCUCUCCUGGCUGCUCUCUGCCUGGUCACGUACAUAGUCCUCCAGGUACAAACUUUUUCUCAAGAAGACGUGGAUGCUUACCUGAGUCAGGCUGUGUGUCUGAGACUAAAAUCCCCUGAUGAGCUUCAACAGAUCAAGUUUGUUCCAAUGCACCCCAAGGUUGUUGACGUUCCUGCUGCAAGAAGACAAUGUCUCCUCCAGUUUACAGUCAACAAGCUGCCUGUCCUGUCCAGUCGUGCGGUGCAGCUGGGAUCUCUCUACGUCCGAGGACUGAGCAACCUGCUGGGUGCGAACUGUGCCAGCGGCUGCCCGCUGCCCAUCGCUGCCCUUAUGCCUUGGCACAGCUUCGAUGGACGGCUGUUCCACUCAAAGUACCUGCUGGCACAUAGCGGCACAGAGAAGACUGUAUUGCUGGACAGCGAUCCGUCCUGUUUGUCUCUGUUUCUUCGCCUGAGAGAGAAACUUACAGAAACCUGCAGGAAGCGAGGCAGAGUCCUGCAGUCCAGACCCUAUGCACCAGAACAAGGUUAUAGAAUCACACCAGGACCCAGAUACAGAGAAAGACACGCAGGUGGCAGUGAGAACUGGAGGAAAAGAGGAGAAACAACAGGAGGCCAUCGACAUGGAGGAGGAUGGAGGGAGAGAGGGGAGGCAAGUGGAGACCCGAGUGAAAAUGACAGCAGUGAGAGACUGUGGCAGAGAGGAGACCAUUUCAACCCUCACUCUCACUCUUAUCCUUACGGCCAUGAUAGAGGAGCCCAGAACACGAGGCGUCCUCAAAUACAGUCCAGAGGUCGAUCGUACCACAACAGAGGGAGAUACAGGCCGGCUCCGAGAUGGUCGCAGCCUCCUGCACCAGGAACAUAACUCGACCCCGAUUAGAGAGGAGAGAAGAGGAGGAUUAGAGGGGAGGAUUUGAGGAGUUAAGAGGAUGGGAGAGAUGUGAUGAAAGCAGUGAAGGAAUCAAAUGUCUCUGAACAAACUGGUUAGUGAAUUACCCGUCAGGAAUGUUUGUCUAAAGGAUGCAGUAAGUAGAGAAAUGGGGAUUAAGAGAUGGCGGCAUGAAGAGAUAAGGAAUCGUCAUUUAAUUUGCCAUUUUAACCUUAAUUUGUCGUUUUUUUGUGCAUCUCAAAAUAAUCCGGUAGACAUACUUUAAUAGUAAAAUCCUUUUAAAGCCUCUCCUUUAUAUCAGGGAAACUGACCUGUUUUAAUGUGACAAAGAAUGUACAGUUCGCAUCAGCACUCACCAAACAAACACAGAAAUGAGCUACUUCAAACAUGCACUGAAGUAGAUCAAUAGUUAAUCCCCGAGCCUGUUUCACCUCUUAUCUUUGACAAUAAAAGAACAGAGAUCUUAAAA